AGAACUGUGUGUGUGUGUGUAUGUGUGUGUGUGUGUGUGUGUGUGUUUUUUGAGUCAAUCAUUUUCCGAAAAAGGGCGUCCUCCUCCCUCCUCGCUGCCUUUUUCUCAUGUGUGUCUCCCCGGAGGAAGGGGCGGUCUCAGCGCCGCAGCAGAUCCGGAAUUAGAAGGUGUUCGCACGGCUCGGCUCUGCUCGAACGUUCGGUGGUUGGGCGGUUCGGUUCCACAGGAGAGCUGACGGCGGAGGGAACAGAAACGGCACUAGCUCAGACACAUUUCAUUAAAAAAAGAAGAAAAGAAAAAAGAAAGAGGGGAAGGAAGGGAGAAGCCGGGUGGACUGAAAGUGUCGACCGAGGGAGGGACGACGAACCUGGGGCAGAAGAAGAGGAGUUAAAAAAAGAAGAAGAAAUAAAAGUAGAAGCAAAUAAAUAAAGGAGAAGAUGCCUCUGGCUCAGUUGGCGGAUCCCUGGCAGAAGAUGCCUCUGGGGGGGACAGCUGCAGAGGACGUGCAUCACGAUCCCGAGGACUCAGUGGGCGAAGACGACCAGAUGCCCGCCAUCACCGAUGACGUGCCAAUCAAGGAGAUCAAUAUCACUCAUCACGUGAAGGAGGGAUCAGAGAAGGCCGACCCGCGACAGUUCGAGCUCCGCAAAGUCCUGGGACAAGGUUCUUUUGGCAAGGUGUUCCUGGUGAGGAAGGUCACAGGGCCAGACGCCGGUCAGCUGUACGCCAUGAAGGUCCUGAAGAAAGCUACGCUAAAAGUGCGUGACCGGGUCAGGACAAAGAUGGAGAGAGACAUCCUGGUGGAGGUCAACCAUCCCUUCAUCGUCAAACUGCACUACGCGUUUCAGACGGAGGGGAAGCUCUACCUGAUCCUGGACUUCCUCCGAGGAGGAGAUCUCUUCACCCGUCUCUCUAAGGAGGUGAUGUUCACAGAGGAGGACGUGAAGUUUUACCUGGCAGAGCUCGCGCUGGCCCUCGACCACCUGCACAGCCUGGGCAUCAUUUACAGAGACCUCAAGCCAGAGAACAUCCUGCUCGAUGAGGAGGGACACAUCAAGCUGACCGACUUUGGCCUCAGUAAGGAGUCGAUAGACCACGAGAACAAGGCCUACUCCUUCUGUGGGACGGUGGAGUACAUGGCUCCCGAGGUGGUGAACAGGCGGGGACACACGCACAGCGCCGACUGGUGGUCGUACGGCGUGCUCAUGUUCGAGAUGCUGACGGGAACGCUGCCGUUUCAAGGCAAAGACCGGAAAGAGACGAUGACCAUGAUCCUCAAGGCCAAGUUGGGAAUGCCACAGUUUUUGAGUUCAGAAGCUCAAAGUCUCCUCAGGAACCUUUUCAAACGCAACCCUGGCAACAGAUUAGGAGCUGGACCAGACGGUGUGGAGGAGAUCAAGAGGCAUCAGUUCUUCAGCACCAUCGACUGGAACAAGCUCUUCCGCAGAGAGAUCCCCCCUCCCUUCAAACCGGCUUCAGGACGACCUGACGACACUUUCUAUUUCGAUCCAGAGUUCACAGCUAAAACACCCAGAGACUCUCCGGGGGUUCCUCCCAGUGCAAACGCCCAUCAGCUGUUCAGGGGAUUCAGUUUUGUGGCCAUAACAGAAGAGGACACACAACCUCUACCCAGUACUAUUGUACAGCAGCUGCACAGAAGCACAUCCCAGUUCUCAGACGCCUACGAGAUCGAAGAGGACAUCGGAGUCGGGUCCUACUCCAUCUGUAAGCGCUGCGUACACAAAGGAAGCGGCAUGGAGUACGCAGUCAAGAUCAUCAACAAGGCCAAGAGGGACCCGACGGAGGAGGUGGAGAUCCUGCUGAGAUACGGACAACAUCCCAACAUCAUCACCCUCAAGGACGUGUACGACGACGGCCGGUCGGUGUUUUUGGUGACGGAGCUGAUGAAAGGAGGCGAGCUGCUGGAUAAAAUCCUCCGACAGAAGUUUUUCUCUGAGAGAGAAGCCAGCGCUGUUCUCUACACCAUCACCAAGACGCUGGAGUACCUGCAUGUGCAGGGGGUGGUGCACAGAGACCUGAAGCCCAGUAACAUCCUCUACAUGGACGAGAGCGGGAACGCCGAGUCCAUCAGGAUCUGCGACUUUGGUUUCGCCAAACAGCUGAGAGCAGAGAACGGGCUGCUCAUGACGCCGUGUUACACUGCCAACUUUGUGGCGCCCGAGGUGUUGAAGAAGCAGGGUUACGAUGCAGCCUGUGACAUCUGGAGUCUGGGAGUCCUGCUCUACACAAUGCUAACGGGUUUCACUCCCUUCGCUAACGGUCCGGAGGACACGCCGGAGGAGAUUUUGGCUCGCAUCGGCAGCGGGAAGUUCUCGCUCACUGGAGGAUACUGGAACUCUGUCUCUGCUGAGGCUAAGGACCUGGUGUCCAAGAUGCUGCACGUUGACCCUCACCGGCGGCUGACGGCAGGUCAGGUCCUCCGACACCCCUGGGUGACGCACCGAGACCAGCUGCCCAAAUACACCCUCAACAGACAGGACGCACCGCACCUUGUCAAGGGUGCGAUGGCCGCCACCUACUCGGCGCUCAGCAGGAACGUGCCUCCGGUCCUGGAGCCGGUGGGCUGCUCCACCCUGGCCCAGCGGAGGGGACUGAAGAAGAUCACCUCCACCGCUCUGUGACCUUUAACCUCCCUCACCUCCUUUAAACUCUGACCUCGAUCUGACCUCCUGCCGGACCUUCUUCCUCCUCUUCCUCCUCUUCUCUCUGUCCGGUCCGGUCCGGGGGGGGACAGGCUACUGAUGGACCCAGGAACUGCUAACGCCAAAUAGGAACACAGAGACCACCGCGCCCCCCCCCUGCUGCCACCCCUGCCCUCUGUCCCGCACCUUAACAGACUCUUCUCAGCUUUAGCGCCACUGAUCGACAGCCGGAACCGCGCCGGACUGAAAACCCGUUCCCGUCUUUGCUUCGGACAAUCAGCGCGGCGCCUCGUAGACCCGGACGCAGAGCGCACGCGCAUCAGGGGGGGAAAAAAAAGAAAAAAGUACUGUAUUUAUUUACUUCAGACGGGGGAAAUCUGAACAUAGGAACACAGUAAUCUAAUGUAUGCAUUUAAAGAGAUAGGAUCCUUAUUAUUAUACUGUCGUCAUGGUUCUGCGUAGCUGUAGGUCCCGUAUUUAAACCUCAAGUAGCCUCUGAGAUCACGGCGCCGACAGAGAAGGACGGCUCGGCUUUAACACGUCGCUUUGCAGAACAAGAGAAAUCCAGACGUAGGGAAAGGGAAGUCUGAUAACAAGCUUUUUACUCGAAUGUAAGUUCUCACUUGAUGUUUUUGGGAUACAGAAAAAAAGUCUCUCGGGAUCAUGCUUUUGUUUUGAAAGUGAUUUAUUUUGUACAUCUCUCACACACAGAGACUUCCUGUUCCUGUUUAUGUGCAAAAAAAAAACAGCACUAACGUCUGAUUGGUUUGUCUCAACAUUUUGCUCAUUAAUCGAGAAGUC